UAUAAUUCUGAAGCCUACAAGUGGAGAAGUCGCAGAUUUCUUACAGGGAUUAUCGAGAGGAUUAUGACGUGUCUUUCCGGACCAUGACACCAAUUAAUUAUUAUGGUCAGUUGACGUCGACGGCCGAUCAAUGGGAACUUAAGUUGACCUGUUCAUUUUUUGUGUGUGAAUGAAUACUUCAAAACCACUCUAAUGACAUUGACGCCGAUGUGAUUGAGACGGGUACUGCAGUGACCGUGAAAUGUCCCCCACCCCCACCAGGCCUCAGUCGCUCUGUGGUUUGGCUGUGGCGGUCAUUGCCUUUUUCUGCUUAACCAUCAUACUGCAAGUGGACAAUAGUCGCCACGCAAGGAAACCGCCUCGUUUUCCGUAUCUGGGACUUCGACCUGGAAGCAAGCAUCUUCUGCUACAAGGAUCUUUUCACUCUCCUUGACGGCUCCACGGGCUACGAGCUGGACCUGCUGUCCCUGUGUGGGGGCUUCACGUCCAGCAACUUGUACAAGACCUCGGGUGACGCGGCCACGGUAGAGCUGCGGGGAGUGAACCCAGGCGACGACCACAGGGGCUUCAACAUCAGCUUCUGGACAGAAUUCAAACUGGAUCUUCAGGAAAGAGAAGUCUCCUACGGAUUCACCAACUAUGUCCUGUGGGGUCUUAGUGCGGCCAUUUUCCUCUCCUUCGUCGUCGCGGUUGUUGUUCUUCUCAAGGUGCACUGGCAGCAGAUAGUUGACCUGUGUGCGUCGGAGGAUGACGAAGAGUGCGACAUAUUAGAGGUGAACCAGGAGAUGGAAAAAGAGGGAAAUGCUGGGGUGCAAAUAAUCAUAUCGCCGCCAAACGAUGAGCCUAUGGUUGAGGGAUGAAUAAAGUAAAUACAUUUUCUAAUAAAAUGGUAAUAAUAU